UCGGUGGCAAUUGGGAUUUUCAGUUGUUUUUGAUCUGCUGGACUGCUGCAUGGAGCCCUGGGGGUGUGGGGGGGGUCCCGGGCUCUGGCUGUGAGCUGCUGAAUGCACAGUGCUUUGCUUUGCCUUAGUUGUGGUGCACAGGAGGCACUGAUGCUGACCAUCUCAGCUUUGCGCACCGGCUCCACGCUGCCAUCACGUUUAUUGAGGAUAUGGGCAGCCCCGAGAUGUGCCCUACUUUGGAUACCCCUGCAUUGAAUGCCUGAGGAGCUCCGGCGGAUCCUGAGCCAUGUCGCAGAUGUUGCACAUAGAGAUUCCCAACUUUGGGAACACCGUGCUGGGCUGCCUGAACGAGCAGCGCCUGCUGGGGCUGUACUGCGAUGUCUCCAUCGUGGUGAAGGGCCAGGCCUUCAAGGCACACCGUGCUGUGCUGGCUGCCAGCAGCCUCUACUUCCGAGACUUGUUCAGCGGGAACAGCAAAAAUGCCUUUGAGCUGCCGGGGACGGUGCCCCCUGCUUGCUUCCAGCAGAUCCUCUCCUUUUGCUACACCGGCAAGCUCACCAUGGCGGCCAGCGAGCAGCUGGUGGUGAUGUACACGGCGGGCUUCCUGCAGAUCCAGCAUAUCGUGGAGAAGGGGACAGACUUGAUGUUCAAGGUGAGCUCGCCCCACUGUGACUCUCAGACCGCCAUGAUCGAAGACCCCUCCUCAGAGCCGCAGAGCCCCUGCAACCAGCUGCAAUCGGCCUCUGCGCCCUACGUCAUGUCCCCCUCCAUGCCCAUCCCGCUCCUCACCCGAGUCAAGCACGAGAGCCUGGAGCUGCCACCGGCCGCUGUGCCGGGCCUGCCUGCCAAGCGGCCCCUGGAGCCGGGCGCACGUGAUGGCCCUGCAGGAGCAGGCCCUGCUGCCGGCCCGCUGAAGCUGUCGCGUGUCUCCUACUAUGGGGUGCCCAACCUGGCCUCCCUCCUGCCCACCGUGCAGCAGGUGCAGUACUCGCAGGGGGAGCGCACCAGCCCCGGCGCCAGCAGCAUCCCCACCACCGACAGCCCCACGUCCUACCACAACGAGGAGGAUGAGGAGGACGACGAGGCGUACGACACCAUGGUGGAGGAGCAGUACGGGCAGAUGUACAUCAAAUCCUCGGGAGGCUAUUCUGUUGCACAAGAAAAGCCGGAGCAGAUCCCGCUGGAGAACCGCUCCUGUGUCCUCAUCCGCCGGGAUCUGGUUGCCCUCCCAGCCAGUCUCAUCAGCCAGAUCGGGUACCGCUGCCACCCCAAGCUCUACUCCGAGGGGGACCCUGGGGAGAAGCUGGAGCUCGUGGCAGGCUCAGGUGUUUACAUCACGCGGGGGCAGCUGAUGAAUUGCCACUUAUGUGCUGGUGUCAAACACAAAGUCCUCCUGAGGCGUCUCCUGGCCACGUUCUUCGAUCGGAACACCCUUGCCAACAGCUGCGGAACCGGAAUCCGCUCCUCCACGAGCGACCCCAGCAGGAAACCUCUGGACAGCAGAGUCCUGAACGCUGUGAAACUGUAUUGUCAGAAUUUUGCCCCGAGCUUUAAGGAAAGCGAGAUGAAUGUCAUAGCAGCUGACAUGUGCACCAACGCCCGCCGGGUCCGCAAGCGUUGGCUCCCGAAGAUCAAAUCCAUGCUGCCCGAGGGGAUGGAGAUGUACCGCACCGUGAUGGGCUCCACCACAAACAGCGUCCCUCUGGAUCCCGAAUUCCAGCCCAGCUCUGCUCAGGUCUUUGAGCAGCAAAUCUAUGCAGAAAGGAGGAGCGAUUCAGGAACUAUAGUAGCACUGAGAACUAACACAGUGAGCGUCGAUCUGAGCAACGGAUCCAGCCAGUCCUUCGAACAGAGCGAGGAUGCCGAGGGCGCCGGCUCUGUCAUACAGGAGGCGGCUGCCACGGAUGCCAUGGCAUCGGAUACCCAAAGCACUCCCCAACCUUUUGAGCAGGGCUCGGGCCCCUCCAGCCGGCCCGAAACUCCGGUGAGAAGACAGGAUGGCACUUAUGGAGGGACUUUAUAGAGAGAGCAAACGUUUUGCGACCUAUAAGGGAUCUGUAAUACUAAAGCUGCUUGCAUGCAUUACUAAUACAAAACAAAAAUGUGAUCAAGCCACUUACCUACUGAACUGCUACUGUUGCCUGAAAAAAAUGUGAUUUUUAUUCUGCUUGUAUUUAAAAUUUAUGAAGGAAAUAAUCGCAUUCGUUAUACUGUAAACGAUAGGUCUGUGGCGACCUACUUAAAAAAAGAGAAAACUAUCGGGCUCCUUUUUUUGAUAUUCCUGAGGUUAGUCUAUGCGAUUGUA